UCUGAUUCAUCCUUUCCCGAGGUCCUGCCUCUACUCUCACGUCCGCUUCGUCCACAGCAGCUUCCCCAGCUGCAAUCGCCAAUAUCCGGGCUGACUAAUAUAUGUGGUCAUACCAGUUCGCUGUCCACUGCUCGCAUUGCCACUUCGGUUGCCAGCACUAGCUCAGCUUCAAUACAUGGGGGCCAGCUGUUCACCGGCUUACCGAUGAGAGGAGCCCCAAGCAGCUCCUCGCUCCUCCUACUUCGUAAUUCGGCCGGUCUUCAAUCCCAUUCCGCACCCGCCGGACAGCCAAUUCUUCGUUCUGGAGCAAAUGAAGGGGGAAGCUAUUCUGGGAUUAGCGCUUGGCCCUUGGUGCCCAGCUCUUUAGAUCGCAAUGCUGACGCUGAUGGUGGUGUUAAUGCUCUAGCCACCUAUAUUUUGCCUGAUCAGUCCUGUGCACCGGCUAGCGAAAUCACGGAGUCAGCUACAACUUCCUCGGUUUGUCUAACAGACCGUCAAAUGGCUGCACUUAUGCUCGGACUCACCAGUGGUCGCCAGGCUAGUUGGUUUCAUGACGUCGAAGCUGAGGGCGACGGUGAUGCAGAUUCGCCGGUGGGGCAUGUAGAUACUGAAGAUUAUGAAACUACUUCCAGGAGAGUCGAGGACUUUCUAUCAUCAGAAUGCCACUUUGAUGUCUCUUCUCCGCCUUCGAAUCGGCAGCUUCAACAAACUAUGGAUUCAGUUUCCGCUACCACAGACAGUGGUGUUUCUGAGGAAGAGGAUGCUCUUUUUUUGGGCCUAAUGCAAGGGUUACUUAUGCAUGGCCAAGAAACUGACACACACACAUUUAAAGUAAAGUCGCCUUCGAUUUGUCUGCCCUCCAGAGUCUCGCCUUUUCAUCGCGCUCAUCCUCAUCAGGCUCAGCAUUUUCAGCAAACGCAGAUUCAGCGCCAGAGCCCCUUCAUGUUAUUGAAUCGCAAUAUCCCUCAUGGACAGACUACGCUAUCACCAACUAAUUAUUUGGGACAAAAAGCACCUCAAAAUCACCUACAGCCGCAUCAACCAUUAGGUGGCCGCAUACUUAAUCACACUCCAGCUACAUCCAUUACUCCAAGUCAAUCAGGCCUCAAUCCUUGGCAAUCAGGCAUAUCGAUAUUCGGCUCCAAUAUAUCUGUGACCGCUUCAGGGACACCUAUAACCUCCGAAGUCAACAUCGAGUCUAGUACUAGCCCCGUACAGCAUCAAUCUGACCUAUUCAGUCAUCGUGCGUCAGGUUUAUUCGAUGAAUUAUCUUGGCUUGGUGGCCCGUUGGCUUCUCUUUCCAGCUCUGGGUUAUUUGGUCCCGAACCUGGAGAUGAUGUCGACGUAGAAGUUGACACUGAUGCAGAAGCCGACGCUGAUGUCGACGAAGAACUGUCAUCGGAACUACACAGCGCAUCUAUCAGACACACAGCUAACACGGGAUCUACUGUUAAUUCUCUUUUCCCUUGCUUGUCUAGCCAAUCCUCGACCUCGCCUGCUUCCAUCUCAGGGCAGCCACGCAUUGGCCAUUUCUCUACAGUUAAUACUGGACUCGCAUUAUCCGGACUUAUUGGAUCCUCCACCACGGGUGCUACUUCUGGGGUUGGUGGAAUACUACCGGCCACAGGAUUAUCUGGUGUUUCAUCAGCGUCGUCUUCUGGACUAAGUGGUAUAUGCGCUUCUCCAGUCUGCUCUCCAGGCCUUGGGAUGACUGUGACCUCACCUAUGAGCAUUCCUGGUCGAAGCGGCAACUCAACAUGUGAGCUUGGCUCACCAAGCGCUAUUCGCCACUAUAACCCACAUCAAAUGAGAUCGGGUGCAUUGCCCAGGCAACAACAGUUAAUUUUACAACAACAGCAGUCUCAGAGUCACAGUCCUAAUAUACUUGCGCAACAGAUUCCGGCUUUAUUAUCCUCAUCUCCUGCAGCAGGAAUGAAUCCAGUUCUCAGCCCCCGAUCUUUCCUAUAUACGCCUAAAUCGUUGCCUCGAUCAUCCACUACCAACACUUCAGGCGAAUGUGCCCCCCUUAGAGACCCCUCAAUCUCCAUUUACCCGAGCUGUCUUGCUCCUGGUGGACCGACCAGCACUUCUCCUAGCCUUGCGUCUCCACCUUUAACUGUCGUUGGGUCCUUAGGGGCUAGUCCCGGAGGUGGCAGUAGUAGGCCAACUGGGUUGGGGUUAGCUCCAGGCAGUGGUCGACUUCUUUUUCAGGUAAUUAGAUUCUACGAUCAUAUUUUUACAUACCGUAUGAAGAUAUGA